AUUAGUCAGAAACUGCAAAUCAAGGAAAGAUGGCUGUGAAGGCUUUACUAAAGCCACCUGUGGUAGUCCAUGUCUGCAUGUGAGGACAGGAAGCUCUCUUUUCUGAGGAUAUGUCCUUAAUAGAAGUCAUUGUUCAUCUCAAAAAGCAGAUAUCAGCAGAAACCUUAACAGGAGAGACAAUGGCGACAUGCUCUUCGGCUUCCCAAAAUGCUGCUUUGAAAGCAAGACAAGGAAGUGAAUAUAAAGAUGGGUGCACCAAUUCCUGGGAAAUUACUCAAGUAAAGGACAAUAUUACUAAUCCAGAAAAUGAAAUAGUUUCCCUACUUAUCCCAGAAGAGAACUGUCCUAGGCCUGAAGAGGGAGGUGUUUCUUGGGAGAACACACAUAACUCCAGAAGAGCAAGAUUAGGCACCUGCAAGCUGCAGGAAGAGUCCUCAAAGGCAUCUUCUUACCAAGAUGUCCCUGUGGAUGUGGGACCAGGAUUUUUCUCAAGCCAGACCAGUCCUCCCCUGAACCUGUCCCUACCAAUCACAGCAAUGACAGAAACUCCACUGGUGAGGACACCAAGAAAAAUUCCAUGGAGCUCAAAAAUUGUACAAAUGUGAGGAAUGUCCCAAGACAUUUAUUUAUGUCUCCCAUUUAUUAGCCCAACAAAGAAGACAUAGGAAUGAGAGGCCAUUUGUUUGUGCUGAGUGUAACAAAGGGUUCUUCCAGACAUCAGAUCUACGUGUGCAUCAGAUGAUUCACAAGAAAGAGAAGCCUUUCACAUAUAGCAGAUGUGGAAAGUCCUUUACUCAUAAAGCAAACCUGUGGGCUCAUGAGAGAAUUCACACAGGAGAGAAGCCCUAUAAAUGCACCCUUUGCCACAGAAGCUUCUGCCAGUCAUCCACAUACUAUCAUCACCAGAAGAUUCAUGAGAAACUACCAUCCCAAAAUAUUCCCUCUACACCAGAAUCUUCCUCCUUGGCCACUGGAACUACAUAAUGGGUAUGGGUACAUAUUGAGAUAGUUGUGUGUAUAGUACUUAUUAUUGACAGUAUGGCAAUUCAAUUUCCUGGUUUUGCUUUCUGUUUAUAUUCUCACUCCACUGAAAUAUGUAAGGCAAGAGCACAUGGAACAUGGUAGUUUGUUCAAUAAAAUAUUCCAUGUGCCUAGGAAUGUAUCUGAUAUUUCAUGUGUAGUAGUUAUCUGGUGAAUAAACAAAUGAAUCUGUAAAAAAAAAAAAGAAAAGAAACAAGAAAGCCAAAAUCACUUAUAUAGGCUUGUCGAGAGAAUUGGCAUUUCUUGUCAUCUGCACUGAGAGAAUAGAGCCAGAAACAUUCUGGCAAUGAACAGAAAGAAGUUUUAGGUGAUAGAGAGGCACAUACCUUUUUUUCUUCCUUCCUUAUCAAAACUCUAAUGACACACAGGAUGAAGAAGGGAGAAAGGUCCUGGAUACAGUCAGUGCAUCCUCUUCUCAAAAUUUAGGAAGGGA